CAUUGAUGCUUUCUUAGGCGGUUCUACGCACACUCUAUUGCUGGUGUGGUGUGAACACUACACGUACACAAGGAAACACACAUACACAUUUUAUUCCAACUCCACCUCACCCUUCUGGGUAUAAAGAGGCAUCACCAUUCUGCAUUCUUCAUUGCAUAACCUCUUCAUACUCCCUUCACACACUUCAACAGGUGGGAGUGCUGACAACAGUUUCUGACAACAGUUUCUCACAGCAAGAUGAGCUAUGGACAUUAUCAUAUGGGCUCUGGUAGUAGAACUGGUCGGAGAAGUUUGGAGUUUGGGAAGACACAUGUGGUGAGGCCAAAAGGAAAACACCAAGCCACUAUAGUUUGGCUGCAUGGUCUUGGUGACAAUGGUUUAAGCUCAUAUCAGCUGCUGGAAUCUCUUCCACUUCCAAAUAUAAAAUGGAUUUGCCCAACUGCUCCUAUCCGCCCUGUAACAAUACUUGGUGGUUUUUCCUGCACUGCAUGGUUUGACAUGGGAGAACUUUCAGAAGACGGUCCAGAUGAUUGGGAGAGUUUAGAUGCCUCAGCAGCACACAUUGCCAACUUGUUAUUAACAGAGCCAGCUGAUGUGAAAGUUGGAAUUGGAGGCUUCAGUAUGGGUGCUGCAGUAGCUCAAUACUCUGCAACUUGUUUUGCCAUGGGAAGGUAUGGAAAUGGCAUCCCGUAUCCAGUGAACCUAAGAGCAGUUGUUGGACUAAGUGGCUGGCUUCCAGGAUCAAUGAGCUUAAGGAACAAAAUCGAAGUGUCACAUGAAGCUAGAAGGAGAGCUGCUUCAUUACCUCUUUUGUUGGGCCAUGGAAUCUGUGAUGAUGUAGUCCUCUACAAAUACGGAGAGAAAUCAGCUCAAUCCUUAAGUUCAGCAGGCUUUCGAUACAUUACAUUCAAAUCCUAUGAUGGGCUUGGUCACUAUACUGUUCCAAGGGAGAUGGAUGAGGUCUCCAAUUGGCUUAACUCAAGGCUGGGGCUUGGGGGAUCAACAUGAAUAACAUAACAUAACGAGUGGCUAUAUCACCAAAUGGUUUUCCAGUAUAUAUAAUAUGGUAUUGGUAUAGGAGGAAUAGUCUUCUGCGUUCCUUUAGUUAUGUUGCUGAGAAAUAAAGAUCUGAAUGUGUUUGCCAAGCAGUAAUCUCCCUUUCACAUUAUCAUAGUACCUAGAGAAAGGGUCAGUUGUACUGUUGGAAAGAUUUUGUUUCAAUUAUUGUAAUAUAGGGUACUUAGUUGUGUUAUUUAUAUAUUUCAGAGUGUUUUUUUCUUCUUUUUGGUGGGGUGGGGGUUAGUGUAAAAUGCUUGCAUGGACUUUUGGAGCUAUAAAAUCCUGUAAACUACUUAGUAUGAGUUUGUUUUCAAGUAACCAACAUCUUCCAAAUCACGUUGAGAUCAAUUCACAAGUCACGUAUCAAAAGGUGUUUGAGAAUGGCGAAAGUUAAAUCAAACACUCAAUUUUUAUUUUGUAACAGCCUCCAAAUCCAGACUCAGUCCUGACUCUUAUUAACUUCAUAUGAUCUUAAAUUAAAGCAAGGAACAGAGG